AUGAAAUGUCAGAUCUCGAAAACUUAUAAUAAAAUUUCAGAUGUUUUCUCUCGAACUCAAAUUAAGCAUGCAGUUGAGGGAUUGAACAGCUAUCAACAACGGAUUAAAUUAAUUGACGAUGUAAUUGACAGAAGAGAAUAAAUUGCGAAAUCUGAGGAUGUUGCAAAAUUGUAAAAAUACGCACACAUCUUUAAAAAAAUGCUAUACAAAUACAAAAAGAAGAAAAGUGAUCAAGAACAGUAAUAAAAACAAUAGAGAUUGGAAAUGGUUAUGCAAUUGCUCGGUGGAGAAAAGAAUAAAAAACCAGAAAUCAAGAAGGAGUGUAAGACUGUUCUCAGGUAUUGCUAAAUUGGAAACAAGCAUCAUCAUACUAUUAAUAGGAGUGUUGCUACACAGUCUACAAAGGCUGAUGACACAAGAAUACAGGAGAAUUAAUUGCCUAAGUCUAGAAAAGUAUCCAGGUUCUUUACUGAGAAGGAUCCUAUGCAAGCAGAAUCUUAAAUAAAGAGGGAAGUUUUUGUAUUCCUGGAGAAAAAUAAGGAACUCAAUUACUUAUAGAAGGAGAGGUUCUUGAGACUCACAGACGAUAAUAAAAAAUUUCAAUAUUUAGAAAAUUAAAUCAAACAACAAUUAAAACAAUAAGAAUAUCACUAACAACAGUCAGCAGUUAAAUAACAUUAUAAGGUUUAAAAUUUAUUCCAAAAAAACUAUUUCAAAGGGGCUUCAAUCAAAAUAAUGAAAUCAUAAAAAACAUAGCCUUUGUUGUUAGAAUCAGACUAUUGCAAUACAGAAAGAUAGAGACUUUAGGAGCAAGAAUCUUUUGUUUCUUAUACAGAGUUAAAGCUCAAUCAAUUGUAUACUGAUUCAAUUGAUGCACAGAAAUCUUUAAGAUCAAAAAAUCAAUCUUGUCCAAGUACUCUGCUCUAAAAAUACCUGAUUAACACCAAUGCUGAUAUUAUUGAUGUUUCUAAUUAAAAACUAUUUUAAACAAAAAAAUAACAAAAAUGA